UCCGUGACUGGAGUGGUGCGUUCACUGGUGCUGUGUGUGGACGUCUCGUCGCUCUGUUUACUCUUUGCAUGUCCAAAAGUCAUGGAUGAACCAGCCGGUGGACAAACAUACAGUAUUUGUUCGUUUAGUCAGUUAAAGCGGCGCGACUGUGACCAAGAAACAACCGCAGCUGUGGAAUAAUUUCAACCGGAGAGGAGAGGAAAUCUUGACAGGUUGAGGACCCUUCAAUGGUCAGCAUUUCUCGUCUUCUGUCAGAAUGGCCUCAAGACGGGGAGACCUUCCAGCACUCGAGUCUGGCACAUCGUCUGGAUUCUUCAGUGCCUUAUCGUCUCCGAUUGGAAUAACUCGGCACAAUAUCAGUUAUGAUGAGCACAUGGACGCCCCCAUGCAUUCACCACCUCCGGAUUUAUCUGUAAACAUCUUAUGGAAAGACCCUGUCAUCCCACAGCACAAGUUCAGAAAUGCUGCAGAGGAAAGCGAGAGUGGUGGGAAGUUGCUGACUUUUGAGGCAGCAACGUCAGCCAAGUCCCCAGUGCCUGUUGUGAAAGCCAAAGCCACCUCUUUAAUGAGCUCACUUAUGAUCAAACAGACACAGGAGAACCUACAGAAGUUUGAGCACCAGGCAGGGCUGACAGAUGCCGGGUAUUCUCCCCACAAGGGGCUGUCUGCCGAGGAGACUCGCUUUCACCGACUUGGUGACACAUUGCCAAAGUUGAGAAUGCCAAGCGGGGACUUCAAGGAGGACAGGCUUACAACAUCAGCACAGUCCACCCCAAGUGGCACCCCGUGUGUCACCCCCUCCGUCACUCCCAGUGUCACCCCCUGUGUUAGUCCCCACACAUCCCCGGCUAUUAGUCGCAGGACCUGGUUCCAGCUGAGUCCUGCGUCUUUUCUUAAUACCCCUGAGCCCUACAGUCCCAACCCAAACACAGACAUGGGAGGAAAUGAGGGAGGAGGAGGAGAGAGAUGGAACUUCUUUGGAACUCGAUCUGUGGUACAGAAGUCCCCCACGGAUCCAGGAUCUGAUACCAGCACAGGCUUCUCACUGCAGUCCUACUUCGGCAUGCAGAAGUCCUCCACCAUGGAUGGCACCAACACUCAGGUCAACUUCAAGGCGGAGGACCCUGGCCACUUCAUGCCCCCCAAGAUUGAAAUCUCGGGCAUCGAGGCCAAGCGGGUGCCCCCACGGCCACACAAACUAAAACCUCGGGACAUGAAUGUUUUGACACCUUCAGGCUUCUGAAACCCGACUGGCGGAGUAGUUAGACCUCUGUACCACAUCAGUUCUUUUUUCUCCACCUAGUUGCUCCUUUUUGUUUUUCCUGUCUUCCUCUGUCCCCUCUGCCUCCCUGUAAUUCACAGAGGCUGAGGGGAAUGAGGACCACCUAUAGUAUUAGCUCACCAACCCGAGGAACAUCACCGCACUCACCACCUCCCAGUGGAUCUACAAAGACGGAUUGCCAUCAUCUGUUCGUCACACCAUCACCUUCCUAUCUCCUCCAACUCAUUGGUCCAAAUAAACACCAUGUGAAGUAACUUCAUUUGUCAUCCCUGAACAUGACACUGCUUUGUUGUAUUAUUAUUAUUAUUAUUAUUAUUGUUAUUGUUGUUCUGUCCUAAAGGGUGCAUUGCCAUGCAUUGCCUUGCUGUCCUCGUUCCUUUGUUAGUGAUGGCAUGAGAUUCAAGUUGUUGAAAUAUCUUGUCAGUCCUUUGCUCAUUAAUAACUUAAGCAUUGCUUCUCAUACUGAAACUGACCAGCUAUUUCAGUUCACCAUGCUCAGUUGCCUCAUUUGUAUUAUUUUUUUUAUUUUUUUUAUUUUUUUUGGAAUUUUAAACAAGCUCAGAUUUGUAGUUGUGUAGUGCUUUUCUCUGGCAGCAUGCAGAGUAUAGUGUGGUAUGACUGAUAUUGUGCCUAAAUUUGCUAAGCUUGUUUUUUUUUUUUGGCUUUCUUGCUAUCAAAGAUAAGCUUCUGUUUUUUUAUUACUUAAAAGAGCAUCUUAUUUUACUUUGUGUGAUAGAGUAUGACUGACGCCGGCCUCAUGUGAUUCAUUUUUUAUCAUUAUUACUAUUUUCAGAUUGUUCUGCAACAUAGUUCAUUCUAAAUAGUAGUUGGUUUGUUGACCAUAUCACAUUUUUAUAUCUCAUCACGAUAUAGUUUCAACAGACUAGGAUAAAUACAAAGCAUUGAAGUGAUCAUUUGCAAUUUUUAUCUUUUUUUGUGUCGCAAUCUGUGCCGUUUUAUUUGAAAAAGUUGACGAAUUCCAAUAAGUAAUUGCACAAGGGAGUUAGUCUCCCACUUACGUCUGUAAAUAAAUCUGAUACUAACAAGCAA